CAUGCAGAGUCCCUGAAGUUUCCUCGGAUCUCUGUGACAGACAUCGGCGUGUUCGGCUCAGUUUUCCCCGCGUGCAUCCCCGCAUCCUCAGCCGCGCGAGCCUCUCUCCGCGCGACGUUCUCCUCAUCCCGACUCCGCUGGAAAGGGAGGCUGAAAUGACGGAUGCGAGCAUGGAGGCGAAACCCGGGGACGCGGCGUUCGAGUCGAAGCACGGACUUUAAGUUUAUUGGGAGGGGGGGUCAAAGAUUGUCUCCAUCUUUACUUUUUACCGACCCCCUCCACCACCACCUCCUCCUCCGCUGGCAGAAAUUUAUAAAGAACAAAAAAUCCGACGAGGGAGGGAGGGGAGGGGGGUUGAUAUACGCCGAGGCUGAAAUCGAGAGGCGAACCCAGGGAAAGAGGAGUAAUUUCUACACGGGACUUUCCCCCUCUUAGUACCCCAAGAGGAGGGGGAAAAGUGGCAGUAUUGGAAACGAAGAGGAAUGGUCAUCUAGGAGCGUAAAAACGUCUGCAACUGUGGAUACUUUAUAUAUUUUUAUUUCGAAAAAAUAUGGCCGAGAACGUUCUGGACUCUGGCCCGCCUUCAGCCAAGAGGCCUAAACUCUCCUCUCCGGCACUUUCCGUCUCAGCCAGCGAUGGAAAUGAUUUCGGCUCGCUGUUUGACUUGGAGCAUGACCUCCCAGACGAGCUCAUCAGCUCUCAUGAACCAGGUCUGGUCAACGGCGGGGACCUCAACCAGCUCCACACCAGUCUGGGAGGAGGAGCUCAGGGCUUGGGUCCUGCCGGGGGGAACGGAGGGCCAGGCGGACUUGGCGUCGGGCUCGGCUCUGGCGGAGGCCAAGACGCAGUGGCCAAGCAUAAACAACUGUCGGAGCUUUUGCGAUCCGGAGCCCCUGGCUCAAAUCAACAAGGGCAUCAGGGAGCCAUGGGCAGCCCGGGAGGUCCCACCGGCAUGGGACAACACUUGGCCAACAUGAAGGCGUCGCCGGGUCAAGCGCCUCAGCAGAUGAUGAGCCAAGGGCAGCAGCACCUUUCUCCUCAGCAACAGGCCAACAUGAUGCAGCAGAACGCCGCCGCUGGAAUGAUGAGUAACAUGAAUAGGGCUAUGAUGGGAGCGCAGCAGAAAGCCAAUAAUGUACAGCAGCAGCAGCAAGGCAUGAUGGGGAACCAGGUGAUAAAUGGCUCUCCCAGGAUGGGCUUUGGUAAUCAGGGAAUGCCUGGCAGCAGCAACCUGUUGGCUGAGACUCUCCAGCAGCAAGGAGCCGGAGGGCAGACCACGAUGAGAGGCCAGCAACCUGGAGCAAUGAACAAGAUGGGGAUGAUGGGUAAUCCAGGCGGCCCUUUUGGGGGUCCGUACGGAGGUCAGGGAAAUCAAGCUCUCGGAGCUGCAGGGCUGGGCCCUCAACUCCCGAACAAGGGCCCCAUGGCCAACAGCCUAGCCCAGUUUAAUGUGGACAAGAAGAGCCAGCCCAUGCAGGGAAUGGGAGCCAUGGGCAUCCAGCCUUCACAGACAGGUGUGGUCCUGCCAGGAGGUCCUUCAGGUGCUGUGGGGGCCGCCCAGGGGAUGGUACCCAGCGCCCAGGCGGGUCUGGUGGGGCCCGGCGCUCAAGCCUCUGCCGCGUCUGCCGCAGCGGGAGCGCCACCGACCGCUGACCCCGAAAAGCGCAAACUCAUCCAGCAGCAACUGGUGCUCCUGCUUCACGCACACAAGUGCCAGCGGCGGGAGCAGGCCAACGGAGAGGUCCGGCAGUGCAACCUGCCCCACUGCCGGACCAUGAAGAAUGUCCUGAACCACAUGACGCACUGCCAGGCCGGCAAGUCCUGUCAGGUGGCACACUGUGCUUCUUCAAGACAAAUCAUCUCCCACUGGAAGAACUGCACCAGACACGACUGUCCGGUCUGCCUGCCGCUGAAGAACGCCGGGGACAAGAGGAACCCGCAGUGUGAGUCUCUUCUCGGGGCGGCCGCUGCAGGACUGGGAAGCUCUCUCGGCGCCGUACCCGGCGCCCAGCCAAGCACUCCCAACCUCAACCCCCCCAGCCAGAUCGACCCCAGCUCUAUAGAGAGAGCCUACGCCGCUCUGGGCCUCACCUACCAGGGGAACCAGAUCCAGACUCAGAGCAGCCAGCCCAACCAGGGCCCGGCUGGCAUGAGGCCUCUGAAUCCAAUCGGUGCGAAUCCUAUGGGGGUCAACGGAGGUGUGGGCACCCCCCCUCAGAGUCAGGCAAACCUCCUGCAGGACACUAUGAUGCAUCUCAAUGUGAACAGCCAAAGUCUGAUGAACGACGCCGGGGGGGUCGGUUCGAUGCCCACGGCAGCCCCUCCCUCUGCCACAGGCAUCAGGAAAAGCUGGCACGAGGACAUCACCCAGGACCUACGAAACCACUUAGUGCACAAGCUCGUCCAGGCCAUCUUCCCGACUCCAGAUCCUGCUGCGCUCAAGGACCGUCGAAUGGAGAACUUGGUGGCCUAUGCCCGAAAGGUGGAAGGAGACAUGUACGAGUCCGCCAACAGCAGAGCCGAAUACUAUCACCUCCUGGCAGAGAAGAUCUACAAGAUUCAGAAGGAGUUGGAGGAGAAGAGGAGGACCCGAAUGCAAAAGCAGGUUCUGGGUAUUGGACCUGCUGGCAUGGGUCAACCUCCAGGUGGUCUUCCUCCAAACGGUCCUCUGCCUGACCCAUCAAUGGUGAGACCACCUGGUCCAGGUCAGAUGGUAAACCGGAUGCAGGGUCCAGGUAUGAAUCAAUUCAAUCAGAUUGGGAUGCCGCCCAUGAGCCAGAGGUCCACUCCUCCUCUCCCCAUGGGAGCGCCUGGCAACCAGAUGGGAAUUGGUGGUCCAAGAGUGGGUCAACCCAAUGUCAACCAGCUUCAGAACCAGUACCUGACCCAGGGGCAGUUCACCGGCUCAGGUCCAGUUGGAUCAGGUCAGCCUGGAAUGGCCCCACCUGGAGGACCAGGAGGCAUGGCGCAGCCCCCCAUGGGAACUCCUCCAUCCCUCUCAGUGCCCAGUCCUCUGGCACAGCCCGGUUCAGUGGGCGGUCCGGGUGGGGUGUCGGCGGUGGGACCUAUGGGUCCCCACAGUGUGGGCGGUGGAGGCCCCGCCUCUGCCUCGUCAGUCACGUCAUCGAACACGAACCAGCAGCCCAACUCCAUCCCUCAUUUGGGGGCCAUGCGCGGCAGCUCCCCCUCCCCUGCACACAGCCGCUCCCCCACCCCCCACCAAACGCCUCCGAGGUUAGCGGGAUCCCAAACGCCGCAGCCACACACCCCCGGAGCGCCGCAGCUGGCGCCGCCCUUAUCUCUGCCGCAGAAUCAGCUUGGGCAGGGUCCCGGCUCCAACAAGCCCCUCCAGCAGCAGCACAUGGGUGCGGCUGGUUCAACCACGCCCUCCCACCCGGGAAUGGCCGCCAGCUCCACGCCUCACGGUGGACAGCUUCCACGCACUCCGUUGUCCCAGAAAGGCUCGUUUCCAGCAGAGAACCAGGCGCUGACCCCGGCGUCCGUCAGCAGUCUGGACACCUCGUCCCAGCAGCCGCAGUCAGAUGCUUCAGCCACCAACCUGGAGCCCAAGAUGGAGGUCAAGCAUCAAGACGAAGACGAGGAGAGCGACGUGGGCAGCUGCUCCAAAGGAGGCAAACUCAGCAACCACAAGACGGAGGAGAAACCCAUAAAGUCCGAGUUUAAGAAGGAGGAGUGUUCUGGGGAGGGAGGGAAGGGAACUCCGACUGAUGCGUCCGCAGCGUCAGCGGUAAAGAUGGAGGACAGGAAGCCGCCCGUGAAGAUGGAGGUGAAGGAGGAGGAGGAGACAUCGGAGGCAGCUACUCCUCAAGCCCCGGCAAAAAAGAAGAUCUUCAAACCAGAAGAGCUUCGUCAGGCUCUGAUGCCCACGCUCGAGUCUCUGUACAGACAAGACCCGGAGUCUCUGCCCUUCAGGAUGCCUGUGGACCCUCAGCUGCUCUGCAUACCUGACUACUUUGACAUUGUGAAGAACCCGAUGGACCUUUCAACUAUCAAGAGAAAACUCGACACAGGUCAGUACCAGGAUCCCUGGCAGUACGUUGAUGACAUCUGGCUGAUGUUCAACAACGCCUGGCUGUACAAUCGGAAAACAUCCAGAGUCUACAAGUACUGCUCCAAGCUGGCGGAAGUGUUCGAGCAGGAGAUCGACCCUGUGAUGCAGAGCCUCGGAUACUGCUGUGGGAGGAAGCUGGAGUUUUCUCCUCAGACGUUGUGCUGCUACGGAAAGCAGCUCUGCACUAUUCCCAGAGACGCCGUUUACUUCAGCUAUCAGAACAGCUCACCGACAUUUGGGCUUGUUGCUGACAGGUACCACUUCUGCGAGAAGUGUUUCAACGAGAUCCAAGGGGAAAGCGUUUCUCUGGGCGAUGACCCCACGCAGCCACAAACAUCGAUAAACAAGGACCAGUUUGAGAAGAAGAAGAACGACACUCUGGACCCUGAACUGUUUGUCGAAUGCUUGGACUGCGGCCGCAGGAUGCAUCAGAUCUGCGUUUUGCACAACGAAACCAUCUGGCCUUCAGGCUUUGUGUGUGACGCCUGCUUAAAGAAGUCGAAUAAGUCAAGAAAAGAGAACAAGUAUUCAGCCAAACGACUUCCUCAGACCAAGUUGGGCUGCUUCCUGGAGACGAGGGUCAACGACUUCCUGAAGCGCCAGUCCCACCCGGAGUCUGGGGAGGUCUUCAUCCGAGUGGUGCACGUGUCCGACAAAGUGGUGGAGGUGAAACCAGGCAUGAAGUCCAGGUUUGUGGACAGCGGCGAGAUGUCUGAGUCGUUCCCGUACAGAACAAAAGCCCUGUUUGCGUUCGAGGACAUCGAUGGAGCCGACGUUUGCUUCUUCGGGAUGCAUGUGCAGGAGUACGGCUCAGACUGCCCCCAACCCAACCAGAGGCGAGUUUACAUUUCCUACCUGGACAGCGUUCACUUCUUCCGCCCGCGCAGCCUGAGAACGGCUGUUUACCAUGAAAUCCUCAUCGGCUACCUGGAGUAUGUGAAGAAACUGGGUUACACCACUGGUCACAUCUGGGCGUGUCCUCCGAGCGAGGGCGACGACUACAUCUUCCACUGCCACCCGAUGGACCAGAAGAUCCCAAAGCCCAAACGCCUGCAGGAGUGGUACAAGAAGAUGUUGGACAAAGCGGUGGCAGAGAGGAUAGUUCACGACUACAAGGACAUCUUCAAGCAGGCGACCGAGGAUCGCCUAACCAGUGCCAAGGAACUGCCUUACUUUGAGGGCGACUUCUGGCCCAACGUGCUGGAGGAGAGCAUUAAAGAGCUGGAGCAGGAGGAAGAGGAGAGGAAAAGGGAGGAGAACAGCACCUCCAAUGAGAGCAUCGACGACACAAAAGGCGACAGCAAAAACGCAAAGAAGAAGAACAACAAAAAGACCAGCAAGAACAAGAGCAGCCUGAGCCGAGCCAACAAGAAGAAGCCGGGGAUGCCCAACGUCUCCAACGACCUGUCGCAGAAACUCUACGCCACCAUGGAGAAGCACAAAGAGGUGUUCUUUGUGAUUCGGCUGAUUGCGGGGCCCAUGGCCAAUUCUUUGCCCCCCAUUGUGGACCCCGACCCCCUGAUGGCGUGUGACCUCAUGGACGGCCGGGACGCCUUCCUGACGCUGGCCCGGGACAAACACCUGGAGUUCAGCUCACUGCGGCGGGCCAUGUGGAGCUCCACCUGCAUGCUGGUGGAGCUGCACAACCAGAGCCAGGACCGCUUCGUCUACACCUGCAACGAGUGCAAGCACCACGUGGAGACCCGCUUCCACUGCACCGUCUGCGAGGACUACGACCUCUGCAUCACCUGCUACAACACCAAGGGCCACGAACACAAGAUGGAGAAGCUCGGCCUCGGCCUGGACGACGAGAGCAACAACCAGGCGGCCGCCACCACCCAGAGCCCCGAGUACUCGCGGCGCCUCAGCAUCCAGCGCUGCAUCCAGUCCCUCGUCCAUGCCUGCCAGUGCCGCAACGCCAACUGCUCGCUGCCGUCCUGCCAGAAGAUGAAGCGCGUCGUCCAGCACACCAAGGGCUGCAAGAGGAAAACCAACGGCGGGUGUCCCAUCUGCAAGCAGCUCAUCGCCCUGUGCUGCUACCACGCCAAGCACUGUCAGGAGAACAAGUGCCCCGUCCCGUUCUGCCUGAACAUUAAGCAUAAGCUGCGGCAGCAGCAGCUGCAGCACCGCCUGCAGCAGGCGCAGAUGCUGCGCAGGAGGAUGGCCAGCAUGCAGAGGGUCGGGCAGCCCCCGCCAGGAAGUGUGCCCGGGGGCAACGGCCUGCCCUCUCCUGGAGGAAGUAACGGCCCGCCCACUGGCCCCGCCACCCCCACGUCUGCCGGGACACAGCCUCCAACCCCCCAGACGCCCGGCCAAACCAACAUGCCCAUGAUGCCUCAGCAGCAGGGGGCGGGGCUAAGCGGAAUGGGAACGCCAGGGCAACAGCAGGUUCAGAUGGGUGCAAUGCCCCCCCAGCACCACCUCAAUCAAUUCCCGUCGGGUGGAGGGGGAGUAAUGAACUGUCCUCAGCAGCAGAUGGUUCCUCAGCUGCAGCAGCACCCCCCCAACGUGCAGCAGCACGCCGGGGGUCUGCCCCCCUACAACCCCCGACCCUCUGGAGUCUCUCCUCUCCACCAGACGCUAGGGAAGCCCAACCUAGGUGCUGCCACCCCUCCCCAGCAGAUACCCGGCCAGGGUCAGGGGUCCAUGCCUGUGCAAGGUCAGCAGCAGGGCCCCCCCCUCGCCGCUGUCGAAACUGCACUGAAAAUCCAGCGUCUGGCAGAGACGCAGCGGCAACAGGCGCAGAUCCGGGGCAUGGGCGCCGGGGGCAUCAUGUCCCCCCACCACCAGAACAGCCAGGGUCAGAUGGGGAUGCCCCCUAUGGGUGCACAGGUCAUGCCCCCCCAGGGACAGGGAGUUGUGGGAAGGAGCGUCAUGGACGCGCAGCAGCAGGGAAUGUUGGCAGGGAUGCAGCAGGGGGGCCCCCAGUCACAGCUAGCCCCCCAGGUUCAGCAACUUCAGCAAGUCGGUUGUGGACAAGCAGGUAACCAGCAGUGGGGGCCUGUGGGGUCCAACAUGCCCCCCCAGCCCAGACCGGGCCUCAUGGUGGCGCCAGCGGGGGCGCAGCAGCAGCCGAUGAACCAGCAGCAGCCCCCGCCAGGAAACCGUGGGAUGAUGCAGAUCAUGGGCGUCGGGGGCGACCCCGCGUCGGGGAACCUGCCACAGGCGGCUCUGCAGGAGCUCCUGCGGACGCUGCGCUCCCCCAGCUCCCCCAUGCAGCAGCAGCAGGUCCUGAACAUCCUCCGCUCCAACCCCACCCUCAUGGCGGCCUUCAUCCGGCAGAGAGCCGCCAGGUACCAGGGGGGUCAAGGCGGCCCCGGGGGCCCUCAGCAAGGACCUCCAGGGGGCGUGAGGUUCCCAGGAGCUGCUGGAGGGCUGCCCGGAGGACCCGGAGCCAACCAGCUCGGUAGUUUGGACGGACAGCAGCAAGUGAACCAAACGGGUCAGCCUGGGAUGAUGGCUCAGGGCGGAGUCUCGGAGGGGAGCAUGCCCACCAUGGCGCAGCUACAGCAGCUGCAGCAGCAACAGCAGCAGCAGCAGCAGCAGCAGCGUCCAAUGAUGCCGGGGAAUCUGCAGCAGCAGCAGCAGAUGGCUGCGCAGCUUCAACAGCAGGGGGCGCUGCAAGGGCAGCAAGGAAACAUGGCCAACAUGAACCCGCAGUUCAGAGAGAUGCUGAUGCGCAGACAGCUGCAGCAGAUGGGCAACCAUGCGCAGUUCCAGCAGCAGCAGCAGCAGCAGCAGCAAGGCCAGCAAAGCUUCAUGCAGCCGGGGCAGGGACAGGGACCCUCCUCCCAGCCCCAGCAGGCGGGAGUCCAACAGCAGCUGCAGCAAGGACUGGCGCAGGGGGGCCAGCAGCAGGGGUACUCCCACGUCGCUGCAGCCCUGCAGCAGAGGAUCCAGCACCAGAUGCAGCUGCAGCAGCAGCAGCAGCAGCAGCAGCAAAGUCAGAUGGGGGGGCACCAGGGGCAAGAGGUCGGGCCUAACGGGGGCCCUCCACUCCAGCCUGGACAAGGUACACCAGGGCAACAGCAGGGCGGGGCUGGCGGGGCCCCCCAGGGCAUGCUUCCCCAGAACAUUCACCAGAGGCUUCUGCAGCAGCCCCACCUAGGAGGGGGCUCCCCCGCCCAGCACAGCAGCCCCAUGAGCCCCCAACAGCAGAUGGCCCAAUCGCCCCACCCCCAUCUCCAGGCGGGGUCGCUCAGCAGCCAGGUCAGGUCCCCGCAGCCCUCCCCUCGACCGCAGUCGCAGCCCCCGCACUCCAGUCCCUCCCCCCGCAUGCAGCCCUCCCAGACGCACCCCUCCCCCCACCGCAUCUCCCCGCAGACCCAGACCGGGUCCCCCCACCCGGGUCACAUGAACCAACACCACCCCAGUAUGGCCCCGCCCCCUCAACAGCAGGGGGCGGGGGGCGGUUCAGUGGAGAACAGCCAGUUUGGCUCGGAUCAGAACCUCAUGUCCCAGCUGAGCGGGAUGGCGGCGAUGCAGGGGGGGCCGUCGGACUUAAUGGGAGUAAACAACAACAACAACACAAACAACAGCAGCCAGGACAUGGGGCCCAACAUGAACCACAACCUAAUGUAGCCUUGAGCGCGCCCGGUCCCGCCGCUCCGGCGCCGCAUUCAACCGCAAUAAAACAGACACGACUUCCCGGGUCUUUGGGGUUCUAGAAGACUUUUUUAUUUAAAUAUUUUUGUGACGUUUGAAACGAACUUCCUUCCUAUGGGAGAUGCCACAUUAAUCUUAGAAGUCAAUAAAUUAAAACAAUGGUAAGUUAUUGCUGUUAAUAUAUAUAUAUCUAUAUAUUUUUGCCAAUCGUGUACAAAGAACCAGAAGGGGGCGGAGUUUCAGGCGACGAUGUUUCUUCCUGGAGUAAAUGACGAUAUUUUUGGGGAGUGAGAAUUUUUGUCUUUUUAUGAAGAUUUUUAGGAUUUCUCAUGUGGACAGAAGUUAAAGUGAGUUGACGUGAUGUUUUAUUAUUAUUUUUUAUAUAUAUAUAUAAAUAUAUAUAUAUAUUGUUUUUGCUCUUUGACCCCCCUCCCCCGUCAUGAUUGUAUCUAUUUUGCAGAGUACGUUUAUUUCUGUAUUUCGUGUCCUCUGGAUGGUAAAAACUAGCAUCUACAUAUCUUCCGUUGCAGGAAUCUUUGUACAGUUUCCAGACUUUUUGACAGCAGAUAUAAAUAUAUAUUUAUUGUUUGAAGGUGUGUGCGUGUUGGCGGCUGUUUUUGGUUUUCCCGGCGCCGGGAGGCGGGGUUUACGGGUUUGAAUCAAACCUGGACGGUGUUUUGGGGUCUGUUGACCUCUGACCUCCCGGGCCGUUUUGUACAUACGUUCUUCCCAACCCGCGGCGACGUGGACGCGCUCCUGAAUGCCUCACAGACUUCAAUGUACAAAUUCCCAAUCAAACUUUCGUGAAGUGGAACGCCGUGUACAGACUCGGAUCUUUGCUGUAUGUGUUCAACAGAUCUACUGUACAGUAUUUCCUUUUUUUUUUUGUAACUUGUACAGUUUUGGGGUGUCGAAGGUCACAAGCACCAAUGCGCCUUUUUUUCUGUGUAUUUUUCACGAGCUUUUACAGAAACGUUCCCACCCGGACCGCCGAGGUUGGAAUCCUUUAGCUUUUUUUUUGUUGUUUUUUUCCCGCCGGGUGGGAGGAGGGAACACAUCAGAACCAGGCUGCAAUAUAUCUUGAGACUUAUUUUAUAAGAAAUUACAGGAAAAAAAAACUCAACUGUCUUUUAUAUAUAGAUAUAUUAUUUAAUUUUAUUUUUUUGGAAAUAAAACUUGAAGCUAAAGGAAUUAUUGGAGAAAAGGUUUUGCCGGUUGGGCCUGGGGUAGGCGGUGGAACCCAUCCUUUUGAUGAGAUGUUUUAUGUACAUGAAUAUAGUAAACAUCACUGUACAAACCGAUUUGAUAAAUUGUUUUAUGAAUAUAGUAAACAUCACUGUACAAACCGAUGGCAACUGAACAAAGUUUUUCUUUUUGUUCCUAAUAAGACUGGAAAUGAUAUUUAAAUAUUUGUUUAGUAUUCAAAUGAAAACCCUGACCACUUUUUAUUUUUUCCUCGUUAACAAUUUCGGUGCUUAAUGAGAGAAAGCAGAUCUAACUGUUUUUCUUUUAGGUUCUUUUUUAAGUUAUUUUGGUGGUCUGAUUUUCUUUUUCUUUUUCUGCCAUAAAUUAAUUGUACUAUAAUAAAGUAUGUUUGUACCAUUGGAA